GAGUGGGAGGGGACUGAAGCGGACCUUUGAAGGGAAACAAUGGCGGCUGGGCCUGGUGUUUCGCUGCAGAGCGGCAGUCCCGCCAGAGAACCUUCCAUAUCAGUUCAACAAGGAUCCAAUCAGACUUUUGGAGACCGUACUAAAACAGAAGAUAUAACAGAAGCAGAGAAGCAGAGUUGCAUGGCUGCUCUGCUGGAGCGGCUUCAUGCUAAACACAAUGCUUCACGGCCAUGGGAGGGGACCUUUAAUGUUGUGCGUCAAGCAAUGGAGAAACGUGGCGUGAUGAAUGAAGCGGGUCAUCAGCUCCUCCUCAACUGUUUGGAGACCCUUCAGAAAGCUCUGAAAGUCUCAUCUCUCCCCUCCAUGACUGAUCGGCUGGAGUCUAUAGCUCGACAAAACAUGUUGGGCUCUCACCUCAGUCCAACAAAAACAGAGUGCUACAUCACGUCAGACAUGUUUUAUGUAGAGGUGCAGCUGGAUGCUGGUGGCCAGCUGGUGGAUGUCAAGGUUGCUCAUCAAGGGGAAAACCCGACGAGUUGUCCUGAACUUAGCCAACAUCUGAGUGAAAAGAACUUUGAAGCCUUUUCUAAGCAUCUCAAAGGACUGGUUGAUUUAUACCGGCUUCCUGGAGACAAUAAGCUGAAAACAAAGAUGUAUAUAGCACUACAGUCUUUGGAACUCGAUCUUACCAAGAUGAUGCACAUGUUUAGGUUAGCAAUGAAUGCUAAUGUGGUCGAAACUAUUCUUCAUGGGAGUGUUGGCUGGCUGACUCCCAGGAGCGGUGGAAAUCUGGUGUCUCUUCAGUGCUACGUGUCCCCUUAUGACAUAUUUGAGGUGGACUUAACAGAUAAUAAUGUUCCACGCUCCCUGGGUGUCAGUGUAUCUGUGACCAUCGAGGGAACUUCAGCUGUGUAUAAGCUCCCGAUCGCUCCCCUCAUCACCGGAUCCCACCCUGUUGAUAACAAAGGCACACCGUCUUUUUCCACUGUGAGCAACUCAAACAGCGUGGACCUGCCGGCCUGUUUUUUCCUCAAGAUGAACCGCCCCAUGCCUUUCUCACUCUCCUUCAUCCAGAGGCUAUGCAAUGCCACUUCGAUCCCCGUGUUUGAGACGUCACCCAACCUCUCACCUCUUUGCCAGUUAAUUGUUCAGAGUCAGCUGCAGCUUCUGGAGGAGGGGAGCUCUGUGCCUGCUAUGUUGCACAACAUGCACUUUUAUUCUAUUUUACCAGACCAGCAACACUGUUAUUUCCUAAACGGUGAUGCACCAGUGCACGAUGGCCACUCAUUACAAGGAGCAAUGGUGUCAAAGAUCCCCUUUCGCCACCCAGCACAGGUUCCCCUCUUGCUGGAUAUCAUUCGCCAUCAGGCGGCAUACAACACUCUCAUUGGCAGCUGUGUCAAACAGACAUCUGUUAAAGAAGACAGUGCAGGUCUUCUACAGUUCGAAGUCUGUCCGCUCACUGAUUCAAGUUUCAGCGUCUCCUUCCAGCAUCCGGUCAAUGAAUCUUUAGUGUGUGUCGUCAUGGAGGUGAUUGACUCUAGGCAGGUCUCCUGCCACCUGUAUAAAGGCCCAUCGGAUGCUUUGAUCUGUACGGAUGAGUUUAUAACUAAAGUCGUCACAAGAUGCAUGUCCAUUCCUGUUACCAUGCGGGCCAUUCGUAGGAAAGCUGAGACAAUCCAGGCAGACACUCCAGCCCUCUCUUUAAUAGCCCAGACAGUGGAGAUCAUGGUGAAGAAUAACCCACCUCCCUCCGGCAGUCCUACUUACAAUAUGGUGGCAGGAGAUGGAACCAACCCAAUGGGACUACCUGGGCUUACUGGUGGCAACACACCUACUAGUGGACCACCUGGGGGACCUAAUUAUGCAGGUCCAAUCAGUUCUAUCUUUGGAAUGUCCCGUUCUGAGAGACAAGCCCAGGGAGAGUGUCUGACCCCAGGAGGGGUUGCUGGCCAGCAGCAGCAACAGCAAGGCCAUUCAGACGACUACAGCAAAGUCACUCAGAACCCCAUUCUGACCAGUUUGUUACAGAUAACUGGAAAUGUUGGUUCCAGUCCCAGCUCCCAGAAUGCACCACAGCCCAAUCAAACUCCGCCACCAACUUCAUCCCCUGCCAGCAACACAAAGAGUCACCCUAUGCUGAUGAACCUGUUAAAAGAUAACCCCACACAGGAUUUUGCUGCGCUGUACAGCUCGAGUCCCUUAGAGCGACAGAAUUCCUCAUCAGGUUCUCCACGAACAGAUAGCAUGGGCGGGGCUUGUCCUAGUGGCAACGGCAAGGGGAAGAAGAAGCGUCCUCGCGGCCCUGAAAAGGGUGGGGUGUUGCCUGGAGUAGGUGCAGGUGGAGGAGGUGGCGGGCUGAGUGUGAAACCUCAACUGGGUUCCUCCAUGCCACAGCACCUCCAGCACCACUCGGUUACUCAUGAGGAUGAUUUCCACCGCAAGCUGCUCUCAAUGGACGUGGACGCUUCUCAGAAUUCUAUAUUUGAUGUUAACCUCCCUGGUGAUGGCUUGGACACACACCACAGCAUAACUCCAGCACUUAGCCAGUGUGGAACGCCCCCACCAGGCUCUGGCAUGGCUUACCCACAGUCUCAUGUUCAGUCUCAGCAGCAACAGGCCGGUUCUGUCCCGCCUCGCAUCGUCCGCCUUCCCAGCUCUGACAGCAUUGGGCCUGAUAUUACAGAAAUCCUGCAGGAUUUACCUGAGCAAACUGGAAAAGGUAGCGGUGGGAGCCAUGGGCAACCGGAAGAUGGAGGGCCUUUAGGCACUCCUAUUCGUGACUCCUCCAGCUCGGGGCAGGGUAGCGCUGUGUUCGAUUCGGCAGACAUUUUCAAUACCAACAGCAACGAAAACCCAUUUACUGAUGCGGCUGACCUGAUUGCCGAGGCAGCCGCGACUGCUGCCACUCCCAACAGUGACUCCUCUUCCACUAACUUCUUUCCUGAUGCGUCUGACUUCAACCCUGACCUUUUGACCUCGGGCCAUGGCUUCUCACAAAACUACUUUGAUGACAGCUCUCCAAGUGCUGAUGGAGACAUGGAUUUGGUGAAAGGCUUUGGGGGAGGUAGCCAGCAGAAUACUCCCUCAGGAACUCCACAGAACCCUCCACAUGGACAGAGCACUCCAGAGUCCUCACUGAAGGACCCUUUUGAUAUGGGGGUCUUUGGAGUCAACAGCGGUGGUGGGAAACCACUUUUGGGUCAAGCUCCUGAUUUAAUAGACACACACAGCGGGGGAUCCCAAAGCCCCCUUAUGAUGGGAAUCAGCACUGCAUGUUCGGAUUUUAAAAAUGCAGAACCAAAAAUCAAACAGGGACUCAUGCGGCCCAAGGAUGAGAGUGGGGGAAAUGGAGGAAGCGGUUCUGGGAUGGGAAUGGGAAGCAGCUCAGCAGAGAGCAAACAGGUCAAACGAAGCCGGACACCAUCAAGUGAGGGAAAAUCUAAAGAUAAACCCCCGAAACGCAAAAAGCUCGACCCAGAUGGGAAGUCCCCCUCUCACAGCUCAGGAGGGCGACCCUACACGCCUCCCAGUGGUGGUUCAGGCUCAGGAGGAAGCAUAAGCGGUGGAGGCUCCAAGUCUCCCGGUAGUUCUGGACGCUCACAAACUCCUCCAGGAGGUGCUACCCCCCCAAUCCCCAAAAUCACUAUUCAGAUCCCUAAAGGUACGAUCACUGGGGGGAAAACUUCCUCCCACGGUGGAUACACCUCCAGCAGCUCUGCGACGAGCGGCUCUGGAGGUGGAAGUGGGACCAGCAGCAGCAGCAAAAGCCACCAUUCACAUUCUUCUUCCUCUGGAAAGAUUAAGUCCAAAGAAGGAUCCAUGUCGCAGGGCAACAGUUCCAAACCAGGGGGGUCAGGAGGUGGAAGCGGCCAAUCGCAGAUGAAAGGAUCCUCUCAAGGUAUGAGUGUUGGCAAACCAGGAUCAUCCCCGAUCACUAAGCAUGGUCUAUCUGGGCCUGGGGGUACUGGAGGUGGAAUGGGAAGUGGCAGUAAAAUUAAGCCUCAGGGAGGUAAACCUCCGGGUUCACUUAUGAAUCCCAACAUAAAGCCUAACAUCUCACCUUCCCAUUCCCGCUCCAGCAGCUCCGGUGACAAACUCUCCUCUCCGAUGAAAAUGCAGCAGUCCCAAGUUCCAGGAACUCCUCCUUCUUCCAAAGCUAAGUCCCCAAUUGGAUCAGGAAGCAGCAGCUCGGGAGGAUCCAAGUCUUCCUCUGGCGGAAGCUCCCAAAAACCCAGUGGCGGGGGUUCGGCUGGUUCUACGUCAUCUUCAUCCAGCUCAGCGUCUGGUUCCAUGAGCUUCUCUGGUGGAUCCCAGUCUCAGUACGGCAGCGGUGGAAGUGGAGGGGGAGGAGGUGGUGGUAAUGGGAGUGAAGGAAAUAGCGGAGGGGCGGGUCAGAACAAUGCUAAUAACCCCAACGCCAAAGGGAAGUCUCCCAGUAGAAACAAGAAACCUUCUCUAACAGCAGUCAUAGACAAACUAAAGAGUGUGGGCAGCGGAGGAGUUGGGGAGGAUGGUUGUGAGGUAGGGACACCAGUUGGAGGUCCCGGGUCAGCAUCUACUCCUGGUGGUCCUGGAAAUGUUCCCAGCGGACCCUCAAACAUGGGUUCUUCUAAACAUUCUUCAUCCUCUCAAAGCGGAGAAUACAAGCGGGAAAAGUCUGAUAAAGAGGGAAAGUCCAAAGUGAUGGUUUCAGGGGGUAGUAGUGGAGACAAAAAGAUGAUGGAUCCAAAAACUGGAGGGUCAGGUGGAACCACUCUGGCCAAAAUCAUCAUCAGCAAGCCAGAUGGUGGCUCCCCCAGCAUCAAGGCCAAAGUGACCCUUCAGAAAACCGGGGAGGGAUCCGGAGACUCUAUGCGUCCGCAGAUCUCCAGCCUCAAAGCAUCCCCCCUCUUCAGCGGCUCCACUCCUAAACAUGACCGGUCGUCGCCAAGCCACAGUCGCUCACCAGGAUACACACCUCUGAACCAGGACAGCGAGAGUGAGUCUGGAAGCAGCUCGGUAGCCGAGAAGUCUCACCAGAACAGCCCCAGCUCGGACGAUGACCAGACCAUGCGCCCCCUUCCCCCCCAGGACUACAUGAGCUCCAUCCCUCUCAGCUCGGGGGAGAAACACAAAAAGCACAAGAAGGAGAAGAAGAAGCUGAAGGAUAAGGAUCGAGAGAGAGACAGAGACCGAGAUAGGGACAGGGAGAAGGAGAAGAAGAAGUCCUCCAUGUCCAUGGGGUCUUCUUCACAUUCAACGAAAACAGACAGUUGGUCCCGGUCUCCCAUCUCUGCCUCAGAUUCAUCACUCUCCAUGCUUAGUUCAGAUCGUCCAUCCCGGUCCAGUCCUAUGUGUAUGGGAAAUGAAGAUGAUGACCUUAUGGACUCUGCCCUUAUUGGCAACUUUUAAACCUGAUUUUAAGAGGUUUUACUUCAUUUCUGUCAUCUUUUAAAAAGUUUCCUUUUAUUUAUUCAACUAAAGUCACACAGACAAACAAACAAAAAUAACAGGAUGGGCAAAAGUGACCUGUCAAAACCAAACCCAGUGUUUACUGUACCAGUUUCAUUGAGUUAUUUAAUGGUUUGGCUGACAGGUUUUGAUGGUGAAAGAUGCAGAUCAAAAUCUGCAGCAGAGUUUUAGUUUCCUUUAGCUCCUCUCCAGAAAGGGUUUUAAAUCGUGCUUUAAAAAUUGAUAUUGUUUUCUUUUGUUAGAAUAUUUUAUCUCUGAGAAUAUAUCUUGUUGCAUGGUGUCUACAUUACUGUUGUAUGCUGUCCAAAAAGUGUAAAAGAAUUUUAAACUGAGAAUGAUAAAAGUUUUGAUUUUUAGAUGCAGACGAGCAUUUUUACUAAUCAUUAUUUAAAAAAUGCUGUAAAUUAGUCUAGGUACAGAAAAAGGCUACAG